AACCACACUCAAGACAAUCCUUCUCCUUCUCUCUUAAAACACAUCAAUGGCCAUUGCAGCAACUUCUGCCACUACCCUUCUCUUCUUAGCACUCAAUCUCUGCCUCCUAGGCUCCUCUAAUGGUGACUAUGGAGGUUGGCAAGGUGGUCAUGCCACUUUUUAUGGUGGUGGUGAUGCUUCUGGCACAAUGGGGGGUGCUUGUGGUUAUGGGAAUUUGUACAGUCAAGGAUAUGGAACCAACACUGCAGCACUAAGCACUGCUCUGUUCAACAAUGGACUAAGCUGUGGUGCUUGUUAUGAGAUGAGAUGUGACAAUGACCCUAAAUGGUGCCUUCCCGGCUCCAUUACUGUCACUGCCACAAACUUCUGCCCUCCUAACCCUUCUCAGUCUAAUGACAAUGGUGGCUGGUGCAACCCACCUCUCCAGCAUUUUGACCUUGCUGAGCCUGCUUUCCUGCAGAUUGCCCAAUACAGAGCUGGAAUUGUCCCCAUCUCUUUUAGAAGGGUUGCAUGUGUGAAGAAAGGAGGCAUAAGGUUCACAGUGAAUGGUCACUCCUACUUCAACUUGGUGUUGGUGACAAACGUUGGUGGAGCAGGAGAUGUGCAUUCAGUGUCAAUUAAGGGGUCAAAGACAGGAUGGCAAACAAUGUCAAGGAAUUGGGGCCAGAACUGGCAGAGCAACUCCUACUUGAAUGGGCAGAGCCUCUCCUUUCAGGUCACAACCAGUGAUGGCAGGACUCUCACUAGCUUCAAUGUUGCUCCUUCCGGUUGGCAGUUUGGACAAACAUUUGCUGGCACCCAAUUCUGAACAAACUCAACAAAAAUGCAGCAUUGCAUAUUGUUUGUAUGAGAGGGGAAAUGAAAGAUAUGGUAGCAACAAUAGGAGGAGGAGGCACGGGCCGAUGUCGAUUGCUGUGGUGGCUGUUUAGCACCCGCUAGGCCUUGAUCAUCUGUGUCCAUAUACUAAUAUACAUAGUAUUAAGUUUGUGAGCUAUAUAUAGUUGCUCUUGGUAGCUAAAUUUGUGGUCAUCCAGUUGGAAACAUACCCAGUUUGAAUAAUUUUUUUUAUGUAAUUUGUUCUUCAAUGAUAAUCAUAAAGAAGUUUACUUUUAUAUGCUAAA